GGAAGUGAUUGACGUGUUUAAAGUUAAGAGAAAACGAGAAGAUAUUCGUUCUCGUACAUACAAACAACUUGAAAACCACCAAAUGCUUUGGCAUGGCUCUGGUGUGACCAACUUUGUUAGUAUUCUGUCCAAAGGCCUGCGAAUCGCACCAAAAGAGGCUCCGUCCACCGGCUUUAUGUUCGGCAAGGGAAUUUACUUCGCGGAUAUUGUCAGUAAAUCAGCAAAUUAUUGUCAUCCAACCUACGGAGAUAACAUUGGUUUGAUGCUGUUGUGUGAUGUUGCAUUAGGAAAAAGUCGGAAUCCAAAAUACGCAGCAAAUUUGAAAGGUCUGCCGAAUGAAAUUGAACAGUCGGUUAAGGGUUGUGGCCAAACAUUUCCAACCGAAUAUUCAACGCUUGAUGGUGUGAAAGUAGCAGUUGGUGGUCUUCAAAAAGCCGAUUUUCCCACAGCUCUACAGUACAACGAAUACGUUGUUUACGAUAUUUCACAAGUGAAAAUGAAAUACUUGGUCAAAUUAAAAUUUAACUACAAAAAAUGAACAAAUAGAUAGUCAAUUGUCAAUUGUCAAUUUAAUUUCCAAAAAUAAAAAUCGUUGAAUUAACGAAAUUAUCGCAUUUGAAUUCAAUUCCCAUUCGUACUACGAACCAACCGUGUUUCCCGAUGCAACGAAAACAAUUCUGUCAAGCGCCAAAUUGUAGGCAACCUGUUAACAUAUUGAACAUAAACAAAGUUUGACAGUUCACCGCGUUCAAAUGCAUGACAGCAAACAGAUAAUAACAGUAUUAUAAAUGAGUGUUUGCUGAACGCACGUACUAACCAGUCAUAGAUUCGUCAACACACAAACGACAUGCUUUUUAUAGACUGCAAACAUUUGUGUUUGUGAUUAUAGCUUUGUAAUGCUCGUUUCCGACGAAUUGUUCGUUCCAACAAUCUGAAUUUUUGUGAUAGCCAAAUGAAAAAGUGCCAAAUAUGAACAAUUCACUACCGUACAAAGUUCUUUAUUCUCCCGGUGAUACAUGCUGUAAAAAAUGUACCAAAAUCAUUCAACCCAAUCGAUUGCAAAUGGCAAUUAUGAUUCAGUCGGAUGACGACGAUUGUCAUUUUCCAGAAUGGUAUCAUAUGAAGUGUUUCUUCAAGACGUGUCUACCUCGAACAGAAGCCGCAUUUGACGGUUUUGCCAAUCUACGCUACGAACAUCAACUCGCGAUAAAAGUGCAUUUAGGCACAUUGGAAAUCGAACCGGAAAUUGAAACCAUUCGAACACCAAAGUUACCCGAUUUUGGCAUUGAAUAUGCGAAAAAAGAACAAGAUUCAUGCGCAGCAUGCCAACAAAAAAUCAAAAAAGAUGAAAUACGCAUAAUGAACGUUGCCUACGACAUAAGUCGGAAUACAGCAUAUGAUGGCAGAGCAAUGUGGUAUCAUGUGAUAUGUUUUGUGGGAGUAAGAACUGAACUCGGUUGGCUACAAUCCGCCGAAUCACUGCCUGGCUUCAAACGACUGUCCGAAGAGGACAAAGAAAUUGUGAACAACCAAAUACCUAUGAUCAGUCGAGAACUGUAUAAGCCCACCGAAACCAGAACCAAUCCAAAUCAAGUUGAUUUAGAGAAGCUCAUUGAAGUUCAAAAUAAUGAAUACUACGAGCUAUACGAUAACCUUGCCAAGUACGUUUCAGAUGAAGAUCAAAUCCUUAUGCUGCGUGCCAACAUCCAAAUGAUACCAAACUCCAGAACUGAGCUUCUACAUCAUUUGACUGAUGUCAUUUAUUUUGGCGCGCUAAACCCAUGUGAAAGCUGCGGAACAGGCGAAUUGAUUUUUGUCAAUUCCACAUAUGUGUGUUCGCACAUCUCAGCUUGGUCCAAAUGCAGCAAUGACGUGAAAGAACCACAACGACGUAGCACAGUUAUAGCCGAUCAUUUGCUGGCCAAGUAUCCGUUCCUGAAAACCGAUCAACCCGUUCGUACGCGAGCACUGCAUUCUUUUCGCCUGACCGAUGAAAAUGGUCAAGAUUUGGUUCAUACGCCAUACCGGCAUCCACCACUAUUCAAUAUGGAAUUUGCCCUGGUCGGCAACUUGGGAAAACCAGAACAAGAAAUUGAGAAAUCAAUUCGAAAACUUGGAGGUAAAGUGGUGUCAAUAAUUCAUGACAAACUGGCCGCAGUCAUCUCGAACCCACAGGAAGUUAAAAAAAUGGGAUUUCAAAUGGUUCAGGCAAAAAAAUACAAUAUUCAAGUGAUCUCCGUUGAGUUUUUGUCUGAGGCAGUUGUGGCCGAUCCAAUGCUAUACAUAAUUAGCCGAAGUCUAACCGAUUGGGGUGGAGAUCCGUAUGCUCGUAUCGAACAAAGUGAUGUGGUUUCUAGACGAGAUGCGGAAUUUUACACGAAAUCACUACCUGACAAAAUGACCUACAAAUGGAAAGACGGUUGCGCCGUCGAUCCCGAGUGUGGUUUGGAGGAUAAUGCUCACGUAUACAGCCAAUCAAUGAACGGAAGACGAGUGAAAUUCUCGGUGAUUUUGGGGCUCGUUGACAUUGAAAAUGACAAGAAUUCCUAUUAUCGUAUCCAGUUACUGGAAUCUAACGAACUAAAAUUGUAUUGGAUAUUUGAAUCAUGGGGUCGUAUAUCCACUUGCAUUGGCUCAAAGCGCCUCACAAAUUAUGGCCGGCUAAAAGAUGCCAUUGAACGUUUCAAGGUGCUGUUCAAGGAGAAAACGGGGAAUAAUUUUGGAAACAUAAGAUUCAUCAAGCGCACCGGUCAUUAUUACCAUCUUGACAUUGAAUUUGGCCCAUCCAAACAGGCAUUGGAUACAAUGAUUCAAAGCAAAUUGAGGCUACCCGUCUAUCAGCUAAUGCAAAUGCUUUUCGAUCUUAAGCAAAUGGAAAACAUGAUGGUCAGCUGUGAUCUUGAUCUUAAGCAGAUGCCACUAGGAAAAAUCAGUGCGAAUCAAAUUCGAUCAGCGAUGACCGUGCUCAAGGAGAUUUCGAAAUUGAUUUCGCGAAACGGAACGCUCGCCAAACUUCGAGAGGCUUCGAAUAAGCUUUACACUUUGAUACCCCACGGUUUUGGUGUUUCAAGGCCACCAAUUAUAGACUCCAUCCAAACGGUGAAUGAAAAGAAUGAGUUGUUGGAGAGUUUACUCAACAUGGAACUGAUCUAUGAAUUUCUUGGUGGAAAUAAUGACAAAUGUAAUCCGCUUGACGCUUGUUAUCUGAAAUUGAAAGCCGACAUCGAACCAGUCGAAAAGCACUCAGCCACAUACAUUGAAAUUUAUAAUAUUGUGCAGAACACUCACGGGGCCACCCACAAUCAGUAUACACUUGAAAUCCUAGAACUUUUUAAAGUCACACGGGAAGGAGAAGACAACCGUUUUCAGGCAUACAACAGUCUCACAAACCAUCAGCUGCUCUGGCAUGGAUCGCGUCUCACAAAUUACGUCAGCAUUUUGUCGAGUGGAUUGAAAAUUGCCCCACCAGAAGCACCAGUUACUGGCUAUAUGUUUGGGAAGGGAAUUUAUUUUGCUGAUGUCAUCAGUAAAGCGGCCAACUAUUGCCUGACGAAUCGAACCAAUAACAUUGGAUUAAUGUUACUAUGCGAAGUUGCAUUGGGGCAAACACAAGAUCUUUAUUUUGCAAAUGGCAACAUUACCGGACUCCCGAAUCAGCAACAACAGUCCGUUCGAGCGUGUGGCGCUACAUUUCCAACGAGGUAUUCAAUGGUCGACGGUGUGUAUGUGGCAUCAGGCAAUCUGUGUCGAGCUCAAUUCCCAACCGCUCUUCACUACAACGAAUACGUCGUCUAUGACCCAGCACAAGUGAAAAUCAAGUAUUUGGCCAAAAUGAAGUUCAAUCACAAAUAAGCAGACAGGAUUUAAGUUUCGAUAUAUCUCAGCGUAUUAAUCAUUUCGUAUUCCAAUUUUUUCUAUAUAUUUUCGGUGAAAACGAUAUAAUUAUAGUUUUAUUUAAUAGCAAGUAAGAUGAACCAAUAAUCUCCAAGGAAGAAAUAUUUUUGUACUCGUUUUAUAGACAUUUCUGUGUUGAAUCGAGGAUACUUAUCAUGAUCUGAAAAAAAAAAUCUACUCUCUAUAUUCGUAUUAAGAUUAACCAAACCAUGUAUUACGUGAGAAGAUGUGUCCGAAAAGAAAUUUUAUAUGUUUCACACGAAACGAGUAAAAUCAAGCAGUUAAUUUUUGUUCGUGUUGAGAAGCAAUCAUGAUCAAAACCAUUGGGUAGUAGUAGGUAGUAAUUAUCAUUAUUAAGAGAUAUUAUUGAAUAUAUGUUAGUCAAUCGUGAAUUUAUUAAAAAUGAAGUCUAUUUAAAAAAUAAAUAAAUACGCAACCAUUACUGGUGUUCUUGACCGAA